AAUGGGACUGUUGAUCUGACACCUAAUGAAACUAUUACUCGCCUCAUUACUUCCUCUCUGCCUUCUUCUCUACCACCUCACUCUUUUCCAUUUUCCUUUUGUGGGUGGUGUGCGGCACGGCAUCCACCGCGUCCUCCUUCCGCCCUUUACCCUGAGCUCUCCGGCAGCUCCCAUUGGUAGCGUCUCACUUGCAUCUCCCUAAGCCACUAACUACUAUGUUGCCCGCCAAAGCCAAAUCCGGCCUACUCGAGGCUUCGAACGGCAAGACUACAUCGGCAACCCCCAAGGUCAGCAAGGUACCUAGUAGAAAUGGAUCCACCAAGUCGGACUCUGGUUCCCCUUCUCCGGCACAAAAGCCAUCUUCUCCUGUGCCAAAAGUAUCUCCGUCUGUGGCAAAGCCAUCUUCUCCUGUGCCGAAGUCACGCUCUUUGCUUGAGCGGUCACCCAAGUUGGCGGAGUCCAAGCCGCCGAUUAAGAACAGUACAACUCCUGAGAAACCAAAUCGAACUUCAAAAGGCUCAGAGCUGCAAGCAAAGUUGGAUGCCAUUGAGGAGGAUUUGAAGAGAGCAAGAGAGCGGUUGGCUUCAGCCGAGCAGGAGAAGACGCAGACUCUCGAGGAGUUGAAUGAAGCUAAGAGAUUGGCCAGUGAGAUGAAUGAGAAACUCGAAGCCGCAAUUGUUGCUAAGAAGAUGACCGAGGAGAUCUUGGAGAUUGAGAAAUUCCGGGCUGAUGAAUUGGAGCAAGCAGGCAUUGAAGGCGCACAAAAGAGGGAUGCAGAGCAUCAAAAAGAACUUGAAAGCAUCCGAAAUCAGCAUGCUUUGGAUGCUUCGACACUGCUUUCUGUGACUCAGGAACUCCAGAAAGUGAAACUUGAGUUAGCUAGUGCCAACAGUGUGAAGAACACUGCGCUGAGCGAAGCUGAUGAUGCAAAGAAGAUUUCUGAAGUGAAUGGAGAGAAGGUGGAGGCCUUGUCCAGAGAAGUGAUCCAUUUAAAAUCCUUGCUUGAUUCCAAUCUGGAUAAUAUGAAUACAGAAGCAGCAGAAAUGAUUAAGAAGUUGAAUGUGGAAAUGAAUUGUUUGGAGCUCGAACUUGAAAGAGCAAAGACAGCUGAAGAGAAACUACCCAAGAUGGAAUCAUUAGUUGAACAGUUACAAAUGGAAGUGACUGAUGCGAGAAAGGCUGAAUCAGAUGCUUGUGAGCAAGUUGAGGAGUUGAAAAAGGAUGUGGCAUCAUUCGAAUCUAGACUUAAGGAAGUCAACCAAUCUGAGAAGUCUGCAACUGAAUCUCUUGAUAUCACGAGGAAAAAAAUGGAAGAGUAUGCCACUUUACUGCAAAAUGCUGAAACUGAGAUUGCUGCUCUUCAAGGAAAAAUAGAAUCCAUGGAAAUUGAGGUAGCUAAGUACAAAAAUGAUCUCAAGGAAUCAGAUAGGAAGCUUGAUUUAACACAGGAAGAGACAGUAAGCCUCAGAAAGACAGUUGAACUGUUAAAAUCUGAGGUUAAGAAACUGGAGGAGGAGAAGUUGCAGGUGCUCGACAAGGACAAGAUUGCUGCUUCAGAUAUCGAGAGACUGUUGGAAGAGAAAAACAAACUCGUUCACGAACUUAAUACUAGUAGAGAUGAAGCAGAAAAGGUUAAGAAAGCAAUGGAAGGUUUAGCUUCAGCAUUGCAUGAAAUGUCUACUGAAGCCAGGGAAAAUCAAGAAAGGCUUUUGGCAAAGCAAGCUGAAAUUGAAGAUGCCCAGGUGCAAAUAGAGCAAUUGAAUUCAGCUAUCAAGAACACUGAAGAGAGGUAUGAGGUCAUGCUAGAUGAGGCAAGAUAUGAGAUAGUUUGCCUCAAGAAAAGUGUCGAAAAUUUUGAAACAGAAGCCAGCAAUUCGAGCACCGAGUGGGACACAAAGGAGCUACACUUUAUUAAUGCCAUCAAAAAAUCAGAAGAUGAACUUUCUUCCCUCAAGAUGGAAAUGGCAAAGUUUGUUGACUCGCUCAAACUAGCAGAGCAAGAAGCACAGGCAGCAAAGGCAGAUAGCGUUGAGAUGUUAAGCAAGUUGAAACAAGCUGAAUCUGCAGCCACUGCAGCUUAUGAAGCAGCAGAAGAAGCAAAGGCUGAGACUUUGCGGCUAAAGGAAAGGUUGUUGGACAAGGAGAAUGAACUGCAGAGUAUCACUCAAGAAAAUGAUGAUCUUCGGGUCAGGGAAACAACUGCCCUGCAGAAAAUCAAAGAUUUGUCUUUGCUGCUUGAGGAGGCCACAGCCAAGAAAACUGAAGAAAAGAUUAGGCUUUCAAAGAGUGAAAAAGAAUAUGACGUACUGCCGAACAUGCCUCAGGAAAUAAAUAGUCGUGAAUGGGUACUAAAUUAUCACUCGGAUGACCAAAAGCCAAAUGUGGAGAACAAGAAAGGAAACCAAAAUGAGGAAGAGGAAGAUCCCAUGGAUAUCGUGUCAAAAGGUUUAGCAUCAGAAAAGGACUAUGAAGCAGAAUCAAUAGAUGACGAUGCAGAUUCGAAGUUGGACAGUGGUAGCUUUGAUCAGAUAAAUAGCAUGACAGAGAGCAUGGAGUAUGGAACAACCUCACCCACCAAGAACCAGGAGCAAAAGAAGAAGAAGCCUUUUCUACAUAAGUUUGGGACUCUGCUGAAGAAGGGCAGCCAUAAAACCCAUAAGUAGAAAUAGGAGCUCAAUCGCAGGUAGUGUAUCACAUUGAGUCUCACAUACUACAUAUCGUGCUUCUUCGAUGCUUCAGUAUCACUUGGAUUUUCUGAUGCUUCAUCAAGUGCUUGUCUGAAAUCCUGUAACGAACAUAAAGAUUUUAAGGGUAUCUUCAGUUCCAUUGCCAGAUUUUAGUUGAGGAGAAUUGUACUACAUUUUCCUUUGCGCUUAUAGAGAAACGGUAUAUCUUUUAAACCCA